AUGGGUCGAAAAAAGGGAGGUAAAAAUCCAGAAGGUCACAAGGCGGGCGGCGCUCGUAUGGGUGCUGGACGUCCGCGAAAGACCGGUCCACUGACACUCAAGGCCUCCAUUCGGGUCCAUGCCCACCAGCCACCCGAUCCCUCUGGACUCAUCCGGCGCGAUGCUGUUCACCCUGCUCUCCAAGCUUGGAUUGAUAUCCCUGCAACAUAUGUCCUACGAUGCUGCAAUUGUGGCCAUUCCGACCAGAACAAUCUCUUGGACUCCAGCCCGCCACUACUUGCUGCGGACGAAAACCCUUCGACCACAUCAAGUCUCUUUUCCCGCUCACAGAGCCCUCAUACUUCUGGCACCGGAGAGCCUCUCCCAGAGGUCUCGGCCGACUUUGAGAAUCACAGUGACACUCCUUCGCUCUUCACUCCUCCUCAGUCUGUCAGCCCAGUGGGAUCGUCCAUCUCUGACCCAGAUCAGAUCCACUCUGCAAUGUCCAACGAUGACUCUGUGGUAUCUCAUGCCGAGUCUCUCUUGAUGCUCGGUACUCCCGCCCCAACUAUUUCCAUCCCGGUGGCUCACACAUCGUACGAGCUCGAGCCUCAGGAAUUAACCCCGGCUGCCACCCAUCCGCAUUCGCACUUACCGGUGAUGCAGCCGAAUCAUAUUCCACAGUCUCCAAUGACAUACAACCAGCCGUAUAUUCCGAGCUUUAUCUCACAAAACAGUGUCAACCAUCCAGACCAGUUUACAAACCCCGGGCCCGAUCCUCAAUCUCCGUAUCGCAUUUACAACUCACAACCCGAGCCGCAUUUCACUCCCACCUCGACCACGCCUCCUUCUUUCCCUGGACCAGCAGAACCACCGUUGCCAUCCCCCCAGCAACAGUACUAUUCACCUCAACAACAAAGGCCUCCCGAGUUUUCUCAGCAGCAAGCACAACACUUUUACGCUUCCGCUUCGUCAUAUCCAGACCAGCAGCCUCCAGAGAUGUAUUUCCCCCAGGCCCAGGCCUUGCAACAACCGCAACACAUCAAACCUGGUCCAGCCGCGUGGCGCCAUGCCCCACAUUCCACCUCCAUUCCCCCCGUGGUUGCAGCCAUUCUCUCACCUCAGCACACACACCCACAGCAACAACUCGAUCCCUGCGGACCAGUGCAGUUUUUGCCUACGGGCCAACACACCCAGCGACGCCGCCGUCGGUGUGUCAUUUGCAUCGGGGCCGGAAGGGAAGGCGAGGCCGAUAGGUGCUGUGGGAGAGGGAAUCGACAUUUAUGUCCUUUGUAUUCGAAACAUGGAAGUCCUGAAAACAUAAUGGAAAUUCGCAACGCCAAACACGUUCGUUCCACUACUGCGACCUGA